AUGUCCCUGUGUCAAGAUGAGCCGGAAUUCGGACACGAAAUGCGUCGGCAUUUUUCGUUCGCUCCUGUGUAUCGAAAUCUGAAUCAUGGGUCUUUUGGGGCAUCGCCAACCGUGAUCCGCAACCGAGCAAAUGAGCUGCGCGAGGAAUGUGAGGCAACCCCUUGUCCUUUCAUCAAGUACCGCUUCCCUCAACUUCUGCACCGCUCUCGGGCUGCUAUGAGCAGCUUUCUCGGUGUACCUGAGUCCACAAUCGUCUUCGUCCCGAAUGCGACCACCGGGGUCAACACAGUCCUGCGAAACAUGAUAUGGAACAGCGAUGGAAGGGACGAAAUUAUCCAGCUGGAUGUGAUAUAUGGGGCUUGUGCGAAAACAGCGCAAUACGUCUGUGAAGCCAGUGGUGACAAGGUCCGUACCCGACAAAUUGGGUUUACAUACCCGGUUGAUGACUCCGAAAUUGUUGCAACCUUUCGGAGAGCAGUGCAAGCUUCGCGCUUGGAGGGCAAUCGCCCGCGCAUUGCCAUGUUCGACACGAUUACCUCGAAUCCCGGAUUCCGACUUCCAUUUCACGAGCUCACCGCGGUCUGUCGAACGGAGGGGGUCCUAAGUUUGAUCGAUGGUGCGCAUGGAAUCGGGCAAAUUGAUCUCAAGUUGUCAACAUUGGAUCCAGACUUCCUGGUCAGUAACUGUCACAAAUGGCUUUAUACCCCUCGCAGUUGUGCUGUGUUCUAUGUUCCUGAGCGCAACCAAGCCAUGAUGCGAAGCACACUACCCACGAGCCACGGGUUCGUUGCACGGUCCCAAGAAAGCACGUGCGUCAAGAGAACAGACUUCAUUUCCAAUUUUGAUUUUGUGGGGACCACUGACAGUGUCUCCUUCCUGACGGUGCCGGAAGCCAUUCAGUGGAGGCAGAUAAUUUGCGGGGGAGAGGACAAGAUUCGGCAAUAUUGUAUUCAGCUUGCUCGAAAAGGUGGCAAGAGGGUGGCUGAAAUCUUAGAAACUAAGGUCCUGGACAAUGAUUCCCACAGUUUGACAGAAUGCUGUAUGAUUAAUAUCCUCCUGCCUUUGACAAAGCCUACUUCUGGAGAUGAAAGUCUGGUCAGAAUGGCUGGAGCUCCCGGUAUCACAGUUACAGAUUGGAUGCAACAGACCAUGAUCGAAAGAUUUAAAACAUUCAUGCCGAUCUUUCCUUUUCAGGGAUCUUGGUGGGUUCGAUUGAGUGGACAAAUCUAUCUCGAAGAGAGCGACUUUGAAUGGGCAGGUUGGACACUGAAGGGACUCUGUGAAAUGCUACUCGAUGAGGAAAAAUCCCGGUGA